CGGAUCCAGGAGCCCCGCUCUGGCUGGCCCACGCCGCCAUUUUGGAUUGUGUGAGUUUCCGGGCCGCUCCGGGUGCGGCUGUGUACUGACCGGUUCCGCAAAUCACAGGCCCAGGGCCCGCGUCCGAGGGUCAGGUUGGAGCCAGGAAGCGUCCCUGGGGGUAGCGGCGGCGGGGGCAGGAUGAGCGCGGAGGCGGCGGACCGGGAGGCGGCCACCUCCAGCCGGCCCUGCACCCCGCCGCAGACCUGUUGGUUCGAGUUCCUGCUGGAGGAGUCGCUGUUGGAGAAACAUCUGCGCAAGCCCUGCCCUGAUCCUGCACCAGUUCAACUUAUAGUUCAGUUUUUGGAACAGGCUUCCAAACCUUCAGUUAAUGAACAAAAUCAAGUUCAACCUCCACCUGAUAACAAGAGAAAUCGUAUUUUAAAACUUCUUGCUCUUAAAGUUGCUGCACAUUUAAAGUGGGACUUAGACAUAUUAGAGAAAAGUUUGUCUGUUCCAGUGUUGAAUAUGCUACUAAAUGAACUGCUCUGUAUCAGUAAAGUUCCCUCUGGGACAAAGCAUGUAGACAUGGAUCUGGCCACUCUACCUCCAACCACCGCUAUGGCUAUACUUCUCUACAAUAGAUGGGCAAUUAGGACAAUUGUUCAAAGUAGUUUUCCUGUCAAACAAGCAAAACCUGGACCACCUCAGUUAAGUGUUAUGAAUCAGAUGCAACAGGAAAAAGAGCUAACAGAAAACAUUUUGAAAGUGCUAAAAGAACAAGCUGCUGAUUCUAUUUUGGUACUAGAGGCAGCCCUAAAAUUAAACAAGGAUCUUUAUGUCCAUACAAUGAGAACCCUAGAUUUAUUGGCCAUGGAACCAGGCAUGGUAAAUGGAGAAACUGAGAGUUCUACUGCUGGAUUGAAAAUCAAAACUGAGGAAAUGCAGUGCCAGGUGUGUUAUGAUUUGGGUGCAGCAUACUUCCAGCAAGGCUCCACAAAUUCAGCUGUCUAUGAAAAUGCCAGAGAAAAAUUUUUUAGAACCAAAGAGCUAAUUGCAGAGAUAGGUUCAUUAUCUCUUCAUUGUACCAUAGAUGAGAAGCGGUUAGCUGGCUAUUGUCAAGCAUGUGAUGUUCUUGUACCUUCUUCUGAUAGUACAUCUCAACAGUUGACUCCAUAUAGUCAAGUCCACAUUUGUUUGAGAUCUGGCAACUAUCAGGAGGUAAUACAGAUUUUCAUUGAAGACAACUUAACUUUCAGUUUACCUGUCCAGUUCCGGCAAUCAGUACUAAGAGAACUCUUUCAGAAAGCUCAACAGGGAAAUGAAGCUUUGGAUGAAAUCUGUUUUAAAAUCUGUGCCUGUAACACAGUCCGUGAUAUAAUGGAAGGUAGAACAAUUAGUGUUCAAUUUAACCAGCUGUUUCUUAGACCUAAUAAAGAGAAAAUAGAUUUUCUUCUUGAGGUAUGUUCAAGAUCAGUAAAUCUAGAAAAAGCUUCAGAUUCUUUGAAAGGAAACAUGGCUGCUUUUUUAAAGAAUGUGUGUCUGGGGUUGGAAGAUCUGCAGUAUGUUUUCAUGAUUUCUUCACAUGAGCUUUUCAUUACAUUGUUGAAAGAUGAAGAACGAAAGCUACUUGUUGAUCAGAUGAGGAAGAGAUCCCCCAGAGUAAAUCUGUGCAUUAAACCUGUAACUUCAUUUUAUGAUAUCCCAGCCUCAGCAAGUGUCAACAUUGGUCAGUUGGAGCAUCAACUUAUACUGUCAGUGGAUCCCUGGAGGAUUCGACAGAUUUUAAUUGAAUUACAUGGUAUGACUUCUGAGCGUCAGUUCUGGACAGUGUCUAAUAAGUGGGAAGUACCUUCUGUCUAUAGUACUGUUAUCCUGGGAAUUAAAGACAGUUUAACAAGGGAUUUGGUUUACAUUCUCAUGGCCAAAGGUUUGCAUUGCAGUACUGUUAAGGAUUUUUCCCAUGCUAAACAGCUCUUUGCUGCUUGUUUGGAGUUGGUAACAGAGUUCUCACCAAAGCUUCGUCAAGUCAUGCUGAAUGAGAUGUUGCUUUUGGAUAUUCAUACACAUGAAGCUGGAAUGGGGCAAUCAGGAGAGAGACCUCCUUCUGAUCUUAUUAGUAGAGUGCGAGGAUAUCUGGAAAUGAGGCUUCCUGAUAUUCCUCUUCGUCAGGUUAUAGCUGAGGAGUGUGUUGCUUUUAUGUUAAACUGGAGGGAAAAUGAAUACCUUAUGCUGCAAGUUCCUGCACUUUUGCUUCAGAGUAAUCCAUAUGUAAAGGUAAUUCAUUUAAGAAACCAAAAUAAAACAUUUAGUUAUUUAACAUUUUUACAAGGACCUCUUUUGGGGAGUGAACUGCUUUCUUUUAUCAAAAAAUUACGAGAACCAUUGGUUUUGAGUAUUAUUUUGUCACUCUUUGUGAAACUUCACAAUGUUCGGGAGGACAUUGUGAAUGAUAUUACAGCUGAACACAUAUCUAUCUGGCCAUCUUCCAUUCCCAACCUCCAGUCUGUGGACUUUGAAGCUGUGGCAAUCACAGUGAAGGAGCUAGUUCGGUAUACACUAAGUAUAAAUCCAAACAACCAUUCCUGGUUAAUUAUUCAGGCAGACAUUUAUUUUGCAACAAAUCAGUAUUCGGCAGCUCUUCACUACUACCUCCAGGCAGGAGCUGUGUGUUCUGAUUUCUUUAAUAAGGCUGUACCCCCUGAUGUGUAUACAGACCAGGUAAUAAAACGAAUGAUAAAAUGUUGUUCUUUGCUGAAUUGCCACACACAGGUAGCAAUUUUAUGUCAGUUCCUCAGAGAAAUUGACUACAAAACAGCCUUUAAAUCACUACAGGAACAAAACAGCCAUGAUGCUAUGGACUCCUACUAUGACUACAUUUGGGAUGUUACCAUUUUGGAAUACUUGACUUACCUUCAUCAUAAAAGAGGAGAAACAGAUAAAAGACAAAUUGCAAUCAAAGCUAUCGGCCAGACAGAAUUGAACGCAAGCAACCCAGAAGAAGUGUUACAGCUGGCAGCGCAGAGAAGGAAAAAAAAGUUUCUCCAAGCAAUGGCAAAACUUUACUUUUAAGCAGUUAGUUAAAAUUUUUUAACUUUUAUUUUUUAAACAAUGGGCUAAAAAUAAACAGUAUUAAAAGAUUAAGUUUAUAUAAUACAUAUAUACACA